AUGAUAAAAUUUCCACAGCUGGUUUUAAUACCAGCUAUCUUAGCAGUAGUAAAAAGUGAAUUCCCUUUCGAUGUGGAAUCUGUUGCAUUCUCUAGUUCUGCAAGUGAAGAAGUUUAUAGGCUCCCGGAGGAUUUGGAUCCAGUUAGUUUCAAUGUAGAAAUAACUCCUUACUUUCAAGCUGAAGGGAAUAAUGAAGCAUUCACAUUUAAUGGUUAUGUGGAAAUUAUUGUAAAAGCACUUACGAGUACUUCAACUUUAGUACUACACGAAAAUGUCAGAGAAAUACGCGGAGUUACCGUUUUCGAUAAUGAUGGGUCAGUCGUUCCCUUAGAACCCUCCAACCCCUUUGUGAGGGAACGGGAAUAUCAUUUCCUAAAACUUAAUCUUCAAGAAGGAUUAACAUUAAAUGUAAAUGAGACCUAUCGGAUUGCUAUACGUUACUUAGGUAACAUAAACGAGACCCCUCUCUCACGUGGAGUUUUUAGAGGAAGUUACAUUGGAAGCGAUGGGAAAACACACUAUUACGCCGCAAGUCAUUUGCAGCCAACAAACUCAAGGCAGGCGUUUCCUUGCUUUGAUGAACCUGGAUUUAAAUCAAUUUUCAACAUUAUCAUUAACAGACCUAUAAAUUUUAUGCAAACGUAUGCGAACAUGCCUCUUCUACGCCAGGAAGUAAAUGGCAACCGCGUAAAAGAAAUAUUUCAACCAACACCAAGAAUGUCUGCUUAUUUAGUCACUUUUCAUAUCAGUGAAGAGUUUACUGUUAUAGCAGAUAACAAUAACAAUGCAAGACCUUACCGCAUUCUCGCAAGGCCAAACGCAGCCGGUCAAGGAGCCUACGCUUUAGAAGUGGGACCUCCUCUAACACAAUGGUUUUCAGACUAUUUGGGAGUCGAAUAUUAUUCUAUGGAUGAUAAUCUUAAAAACGACCAAAUCGCUGUCCCAGAUUGGGCUUCUGGAGCGACUGAGAACUGGGGAUUGGUUUCAUACAGAGAGGUAAGACUCUUAUAUGAGGAAGGUGAAACAAACGCGUUAGACAAAAUGUAUAUUGGAACUAUAACUGCUCACGAGCUUGCUCAUAAGUGGUUUGGCAAUUUAAUAACCUGCAGAUGGUGGGACAAUGUCUGGAUAAACGAAGGAUUUGCCAGUUACUUUGAAUAUUUUGCUAUGCAUGAAGUAGACCCAUCAUUGGAAAUAGCGGAUCAAUUCAAUAUACUAUCAUUGCAAAGUGCCCUAUCAUCGGACUCAUCUAUAAAUACCAGGGCAUUGGAGCACACAGUUAACACGCCGACCCAAGUUACUGGACAUUUUAGUGGAAUCAGUUACACAAAAGGGGCAGCCCUACUAGUUAUGUUGAAGCAUUUGAUGGGAGAAAGUACAUUUAAAAAAGCCUUAAACUACUUUUUAGUAGAGAAAUCCUAUGAACAUGCGUAUCCUGUCGAUCUCUACUCAAACUUUGCAAAAGCCGUUGCAGAAGACCAAACUCUUCUAAGUACUGUGAACAUCGCUGAAUUUUUCCGAUACUGGGUAGAAGAACGCGGGUACCCCGUUAUCAAUGUUAAUGUCAAUAUGGCGUCCGGUCUCAUUAAAAUUUCACAGGAACGUUUCUUCAUCAGCCCUUCAGCUCAGCAAACUAAGCAAUUCUGGCCUAUCCCACUUACAUACACAUCAGGGCAUAACCCGAACUUUGAGAAUCUUACCAUCACCCAUGUCAUGCAAGGUGAAGAAUAUGAAAUUCAAAACACACCUGGACAUAAUUGGGUGAUAUUUAAUCUUCAGCAAAAAGGAAUAUACAGAGUAAAUUAUGACACUCACACAUGGGAAAUGCUCGCUGACGCUCUUCAAAAGAAUCACACGCAGAUACAUCAUCUAAAUAGGGCUCAGAUUGUCGAUGACGUGUUUGCUUUGAUGAGGUCGGAAAGAAUGUCUUUUAAUCUAGGUUUCCGAGUACUAGAUUUUCUAAAGAAAGAUACCAGCUAUUACUCUUGGUAUCCAGCGAUAACUGGAUUCUCCUGGAUUAGAAACCGAUUCUUGCAUAUGCCGAGCACAUCACAGGAGUUCGAUAUUAUACUGCACGAAUUCUUGCGAAAUGUCAUAGAGGACUUAGGGUACGACGUUCAAAUAGGAGAACCUUUGUCAAGGACAUUGAAUCGUUUCUUCGUCCUUCAGUUUGCUUGUAGCAUCGGCCAUACCGGCUGCAUCAACAACGCUGUGUUGAAGUUCAAUGCUUUUAAAAAUAACAGUAACAAAGUGAACCCUAAUAUUAGAAGACACGUCUUCUGUCAAGGUCUCCUUAAUGGCAACUACAGUGAUUGGCAGUUCAUGUACCAGAGACGGCUUAAUUCAAACAACCAGGCGGAUGAGACUGCCAUGCUGAGAGCUCUUGGUUGUACAAGUGAUAGUCAGGCUGUGCAAGAGUUCCUGCAGAUGGUUCUCAGCUCACACGUGAAGGCACAAGACAGUUUGAAUGCUUUGUCAUUCCUCUAUAUGGGCAAUAGGGCAAACGCGAGGACAGCUCUAGAGUUUUUGAAACCAAGAGUGGAAGAGUUUAGGAAAAAGGUUGUUCUGCCGGCCUGGUUUAAUAAUGUACUUAGUAAUCUGGCGAGUUAUCUAGAUGAAGCAGGUCUUAACGACAUGGAGACUUGGCUGAGAGCCAACCAGGCUACAAUUCCAGGUGCUUCGACAGGAUUGAACGCGAUAGCUUCUGCUAGAAGUAGCAUGGAUUGGGGAACGCAGAAAGCCUCCUCUAUCCUCAGCGCCGCUAGAGGAUCAGCUAUUAUUGUUGCACCGACAUCCAUAUUAUUUUUAUUAACAGCUUUAUUAUUACUAAAAUAA